CAGCAGGCUGACAUAAAAUAUUUAUCUGGAUGGAAGCAGUGGAAAACAACUAGCAGUAAAUCAUUGAAAAAAGUUCUCAAUGAAGUCAAGGAGUUGUCGUCUUACCUGGAGCUCUGGCGACAUGAUAUUCACAGCAUAGAAGGGAAAUUUGGUACUGGCAUCCAGUCCUACUUCUCCUUCCUGCGUUUUUUGGUCCUGCUGAAUUUUAUAAUUUUUAUUUUGAUGUUCAGUUUUGUCACCCUUCCCAGCAUCAUUUCUAAAUAUGGAAUAUUCAACAGUAGCUUUGCUAAAAUUCCUCCAAAGAACAUAGAGCCUCACUGCACAGUUUAUAAUCCUAAUGGUAAUAAGGGACUCGUUUACUUCUAUACAUACCUCAAAGAUUUGCUCAGUGGCACUGGAUUCCUUGAAGUGACAAGUUUGUUUUAUGGCUAUUACACAAUAGAUGCUGCAUGGUUCAGUAUCCUGAGGUACAACUUGCCGCUAGCCUAUCUGUUGGCUACGUUUGCCUACCUUGCAUUAAGUCUCCUCUGGAUAAUAAUAAGGUCUGUGGAAGGAUUUAAGCAGAACUUGGUGCAUGAUGAAGAUCAAUUUCAGAGUUACUGUAACAAAGUUUUUGCAGGCUGGGACUUCUGCAUUACAGAUCCAAAUGCAGCACAGCUAAAACAUCGCAGCUUGCAAUACGAGCUCCAGACAGACUUGGAAGAAGAAAGGCUGAAGCGAAAAAUAGCUGACAGGACCAUGAAGGAAAAGCUACGCAUCUACUCUCUGAGAAUAUUUAUAAAUAUAAUUGUCAUUGCAGUUUUAUCAGGAUGUUUUUACUCUAUUUAUAGAGCAACUGUCUUCUCUCAAGAAAACUCCAGUGAUGUCGGCAAUACAAACUUCCAGGCUAAUCUCGUAGUGCAGUAUUUGCCUUCCAUAGUGAUCACAUUGGCCAACUUCAUUGCUCCUCAGAUCUUCUCUUUUCUGAUAGGAUUUGAAGAUUAUUCACCAGCCUUUGAAAUCAGGCUGACACUCAUGAGGUGUGUCUUUGUGCGGUUGGCCAACAUCGGUGUUCUCUUGUUCUCGCUGUGGAGUCACAUCUCCUACUGUGCCACUGACAAGUGUAAGGCCUGUGGAUACAAUUACGAACUCUAUCCUUGCUGGGAAUCUGAAGUUGGGCAAGAAAUGUAUAAACUGACGAUAUUUGAUUUUAUUAUAAUUCUUGGUGUGACCCUGUUUGUGGACUUUCCUAGAAAGCUGUUAGUUACUCAUUGCUCUUGCAAACCAAUUCAGUGGUGUGGAUUGCAGGAAUUUGGAAUUUCUGACAAUGUCCUGGAAAUGAUUUAUGGGCAGACUAUCUGCUGGAUUGGAACCUUUUUUUCACCACUUCUCCCUGCAAUAGCAACUGUAAAAUACUUCAUCAUCUUUUACAUUAAAAAGAUCAGUUUGAUACACACACGUAAACCUGCAGCUAGGCCUAUCAGAGCCUCGAGUUCCAAUUUUUUCUUCUUGGUGGUGCUGUUGAUUGGGCUCGUCUUGGCUUUUAUUCCUUUGGGAAUCAGCAUUGCACAUAUUCCCUCCUCCAAGGCAUGUGGUCCAUUCAGGAGUUUUAACACUUCAUGGGCAGUCGUUCCAGAUACAAUAAGUGGCUUGCCAACAGGUCUGCAGCAGGUCCUUUAUGGCAUAGCAUCAGAAGCCUUUGCAGUGCCUUUUUUUAUGGUCAUUUGCCUUGUUAUGUUCUAUUUUAUUGCCUUGGCUGGAGCACACAAACGAGUGGUUGAGCAGCUGAGGGAACAACUGGUUUUGGAGAGUCGUGACAAGCUGUUCCUAAUCAGAAAGAUAACAGAAGCUCAGAGGCAUCCUUGA